AUGGAGGAUCGCAUACAGCUUUCCCGCAAAGAGUACACUAUCGGGUGGCUCUGUUCUCUACCGGAGAGCGAGCUGAUAGCCGCCAGAUCAAUGCUGGACGUCCGGCAUAAAAAAUGCGAAUUACCCUCUGACGACGAGAAUUUAUACACCUACGGCUCUAUCAGCGGACAUAAUAUUGUGAUCGCGUGUAUGCCACCCGGCAUACCAAGGACAAGCUCCACCACGAAGCUUGUGCAACCACUAUCUCGGAACUUUCCAAAUAUGCGAAUAUAUUUAUUCAUAGGAAUCGGUAGCGGUAUACCCCGUGACCCGAUUCCUGAAGAUUCCCAAGAUGAUAUUCAUCUAGGUGACGUUGUCGUUGGCUGGAAUAAACGACCCGGAAUUCCAUCUAUUGUCCAAUGCAACUUUCAAAGACUGGAAAUAGGCGAGGAUGAGCAUAUAGGGAGCCUCGAUAAACCAGACCGCCGCCUGUUAAAUGCACUUACAACAUUACAAAAGAAUCAUUCUAACGGAAGAACAGAAUUCGCCGAACAUCUCAAAAGGAGUCGAUACUCACACCCAGGCCUAGAAAAAGAUCACUUGUACGAGUCGACAUAUAACCAUAUUGUCGGCGGCAGCGCAUGUUCAAUGUGCGACCUUUACCGCUUGGUGGAUCGACCCAAAAGGAAUACUAAAGAUCUAGUAUUCCAUCUGGGAACAAUUUUGUCAGGAAAUUCUGGUAUCAAAAAAUCGAAUACGAGAGACCAGCUAUCUAGACGGUUUCACGAUGCUCUUUGUAUCGAAACAGAAGCCUUCGGUGCCAUGGGCGACAAGCUUUACUUGAUUGUGCGAGGCAUCAGCGACUACGCCGACUCUCAUAAAAAUAGGACAUGGCAGCCUUAUGCUGCGACGGCGGCAGCCGCUCUCGCGCGGGAGCUUUUAUACACAAUUGAGCCUCUAUCGACAGGAAUAAAUGAUUUAUGGAAACCAGAGGAAUACCAUGUUCCUCUCGGCCUCCCGACUUCAAGAGAUCUCAAUUUCAAGGGAAGGGAGGAUAUAUUUGCGAAAAUUCGGAGAUCUUUCUGGUCAAGCAACUCUUCAAUUGAACCUCUAGUUCACAGCCUCGGUCGCAGAGUAGUAUCUUUAUGCGGCCUUGAUGGAAGUGGGAAAACACAUACGGCUCUUGAAUACGCAUAUAGAUACUCGAACGAAUACUCUGCAAUCUUUUGGCUCAACGCCACAAGCAAGAUAGAACUAGAAAAGAGUGCUAGGCAGGCGAUAUGGUCUAUCAUCAAUGUUAACACCAGAAAUGCGGAUACGGAUACACUGGAAGACUCGAAUCAAACUUACUUUCGCAUUGCUCACUCUCUAGGUCUCGAUGGCAAGGGCAUUGCAUCUGAUGAAACCCUGAUGGGAGCGGCGAUCGAGUCAUCGCCUAUCAAAUGUCUCAACCACUGGCUGUGCCGCGGGUCUAACUCAAGAUGGCUACUUAUACUAGACAACUACGAUGACCCGGCGGCUUGUGCAGAGGUUCUCGAUAGUCUAUUGCCUGUUGAUAUCGGACAUGUUCUUAUCACAAGCCGACUACAGAACUCCUACGGCUCGUGUACGGACAUUGAAAUGUUCGCAGGUAUGGAACAACAAGAGGCUGUGGAAUUGCUUCAUCAGAUCUCAGGAAAAAGGGCCACAACGGAAGAGCACCAAACUGUUCUCGCUAUCGUCGACUCGGUAGGCAAGCUUCCGCUCGCGAUAGAGCUUAUUGGUGCCUAUAUACGCAAAUACUCGGUGCCAUUUAACUCAUAUGCGGAAAGCCUCGAAGGGAAUCUCAAAGAACGUCUUGGCAAAAUUCAUGCUGUUUGCGAAAUAUCGUUCCGGAAGUUGACUCGGGAGGCAAAGAAUAUGAUUCAAUUGCUAUCUUUGAUGGGGAAUGAAGAUAUCCCUUAUAAAUUUCUCGAAGCGGGUCGGGAGGUCGUGAACUGGAUGGGAUCAACUCGAAAUGCCUUAAACAAAACUAUAGGAGAGCUACUAUCUCUCCGUCUCAUUAGCGAAAGGCACGAUAAUGGCUAUUAUAUCCACCCCUUAGUGCACCGGUGGGUCCGAGACUAUACAGACAACGCAACUUUCAAGAACUCUCUCCUCGUCGUCAACAUCGUUACCUCUACCUUCGUUUUUGGGGAUGGGCGAACUCAAUCUCAGUCAGCGUACCAGUACCGCAUUCUUCCGCAUAUCGAAUGCUGCUCAGAAAUCUUCUUCAAGUAUCUAGCCCCCCAAAGCGGCGCCGCAGUUAACGACAAGAGCAAGAGAAUCGCUUAUAAUCUUGCACGGAUGUAUACCAACCUAGGUAAUAUACCCAAGUCAAGCGCCAUAUACGAACGAAGCCUUCAAAAUGCAACUGGGCACCCUUCCUGUCUCGAGCUGAAAAUGAUGGAUGCCCUUGGAGUAAGUCUCAGACUGCAAGGCGAAUACGACAAAGCGUUGAGAUGGUGUACACGAGCGCUCGACGGAACAAAAUCUCAAGGUGGGAAUGAUAGUUCGGAGUCGCUUAUCAUCACCACUCAUAUCGCUGCCAUACUUCGAGCAAGGGGAGAUUACUCUGAGUCCAUAGCAAGAUACAGGUGGGUUUUAGAACGGCAAGAGGAGAAGAUAGGAUAUCUCCACCCUCAAACACUAGAGACGCGACACCAGCUUGCCGGCGCACUUAUCAGCUCUGCGGAAUAUGUGGAAGCCCUAGACCUACUAGAACAAGUCCAGGAGGAGAAAGAAAAGAGGCUUGGAAAAUACCAUCCCUCGGUCCUGGAAAUAAUUGACAAUAUCGCCACAAUUCUUGAAGCACAAGGAUCCUACGACGAAGCUCUGAGGUAUUAUAAACUCGCUUACGAAACCAGAGCACAUAUACUGGGCGAAAAUCACUAUUCGACGCUUAGGAGCAAGAGCGGAAUCGCUUGUAUUUACGAAAGACUAGGGCAGUACGAAGAAUGCCUCGCACAAUAUGGGGGGGUGCUGGAACAACUUGAAAGCAUGUUUGGGGUAGGAGAAGACCACCCUUGGGUUCUUCGUACAUUCUCCAAUCUAGCGGAUGUGUUGGUGUGUUUGGAAAGAUAUAACGAGGCGGAGAAACUAUACCGAAAGGCGUACGUAGGUCUCAGGAGAUUGCCAAUGAGAGUCGAUGGAGAAAUACAGAUAGCAGAAAAAAUUGCUGGACUGUUAAGAGAUCAAGGUCAAUAUAAGGAGGCUUUACAAUGGUCAAAGGAAGUGGAGCUUGGGUACCAAAAGGAACAGGGCGAAGGCAGCGAAUUACUCCUUGCGGCAAAGUCCUGUACCGCCAGCAUACAUGCUCUCGAGGGAGACUACGAAACAGCGCUAGAUAUAUAUGGGCAAGUUUUCAAGAGCUAUGAAAAGAAGCAAGGCAAAACAUGUUACGUUGAGGCUCUUUGGACGGAAUUGUCGAUGGGUAAGAUUUUGAUAUACCAGGCGAAACACCAGGAGGCAUUCGAACUCCUUGCCCGUGCAGAGGAAGGAUUUUCAAGCCUCGUUGGGCCGGAUCACUAUCAUACCCUUGAAGCAGCUGAAUUUAGAAAUCAAGCCAUUCGCAAAAUAGAUGAGGAGUUCCGACAAAGACAGAAAGAAGAGGAAAUCCGGCGAGAGGAAGCAAGGAAGUUACGGGAAGAAGAAAGGAUAAUACGAGAGCAAGAGGCGGAACGAAAGCUACGAGAGCAAGAAGCAAAGCAGAGACUGCAAGAAAAGGAAGCAGAACGGAAAAUACAAGAGAAGGAAGCUGAGCGGAAAUUAAGAGAGCAGCUAGAACAGGUAUUGCGAAACCAAGAAGAGGAAAGGAGGCUACAGAGGCAACAAGAGCAAAAACUGCUAGAGCUAGAGGCAGCUCGAAAAUUGCGAGAGGCGGAAGCAGCUCAGAAGCUAAGAGAGCAGGAAGCGGCUCAGAAGCUGAGGGAGCAGGAAGCGGCUCAGAAGCUGAGAGAGCAAGAAGAACAGAAGCUACAACAGCAAGAAAGAGAGCAGAGAUUGAGAGAAAAAGAAGUAGAACGAAAGUUACAAGAACGGGAAGAAGCGCGGAAGCUACAAGAACAGGAAAAAGAGCGAAAAUUGCAAGAACGGGAAGAAGAGCGAAAAUUACAAGAACGGGAAGCAAAAAGAAAACUACGAGAACAGGAAGAAAAGAGGAAACUACAAGAAGAAGAAGAAGAAAGAAAGUUACGAGAAGAGGAAGAAAAGAGGAAGCUACAAGAAGAAGAAGAAGAAGAAGAAAGAAAGAUACGAGAGGAGGAAGAAAGGAAGAAACUAAGAGAAGAGGCAGAAAAGAGGAAACUACGAGAAGAGGAAGAAAGGAAGAAACUACGAGAGGAGGAAGAAAAGAAGAAAUUAAGAGAGGAGGAAGAAAGGAAGAAACUAAGAGAAGAGGAAGAAAAGAGGAAACUAAGAGAGGAGGAAGAAAAGAGGAAACUACAAGAAGAGGAAGAAAGGAAGAAACUACGAGAUGAGGAAGAAAGGAAGAAACUAAGAGAGGAGGAAGAAAAGAAGAAACUACGAGAGGAGGAAGAAAAGAGGAAACUACAAGAAGAGGAAGAAAAGAAGAAACUAAGAGAGGAGGAAGAAAAGAGGAAACUACAAGAAGAGGAAGAAAGGAAGAGUUUACGAGAAGAGGAAGAAAGGAAGAAACUACGAGAAGAGGAAGAAAGAAAGAGUUUACGAGAAGAGGAAGAGAGGAAGCUGCGAGAACAGGAAGAAAAAAGGAAACAGCGAGAAGAAGAAUUAAAAGAGAAAUUGCAAAAAGAAGAAUUAGAGCGGGAGUUUCGAGAUCAGGAAGAAAAAAGGGUGCAAGAAAAAGAGCUAAUGUUGCGACAUCAGGAAACGGAACGGAAGUUGCGUGAAGAGGAAGAAGAAAGAAGGCUGCAAAGACAACAAGAAGAAAGGAAGUUGCUGCACCAGGAUGAAAAAGAAAAAACGCAUAGACGACAGGAGGAAGAAGAAAAGGAAGAGGAAGAGAGGAAACGAUGGCAGGAGGAGAAGGAGAAAGAGGUUCGGAAAAGCAAGAAAAAGUGGAAAUGGGGUCGGUUGAAUUGCUUUAAGGAAUAUUGA